AUCUUUCAAAAAGAAGUAAACCUAAGCGUGAAUUAGAAAAAUAUCUGAAAGAUUCAAAUAUAAAAUGGUUUGAUUACUCGGAAUUUAGUGAACCCGAAAUAAUUGGAAGCGGUGGAUGUGCAAAUGUGUAUUCGGCUACGUUUCAGGGAAAAGAGUAUGCAUUGAAAAGCCUAAAGAACAACUUAUCGCUUGAUUAUAAACAAUUCAAACAAUUCAAGCGUGAAGUAAGUAAUAUCUUACUAUUUGGUAUCUAA